CGUCUCCCUCUCCUACCCUACCCCCCGGGCGUACUCAACCUCACGGAAGCUGCCCCGGUACGCCCCGCAACCAUAAACGCGACGCCCAGAGAAGAUGUGAGCGCGUUAAUGCCUAGCCUCGUACGCUACGAGCAUCCACAUAUCUACCAAUCCGCACACCCGGACCUUUCCCGGCCUCGGCCGUCUCACUUCAUCCCAUCCACCUGCAGCUAGCAGCGGCCUGCCGCGCGCGCUGUGGAUCAUAAGCAAGCUUCCAUGGAGCCGCCACCUUCUCCGCUGGGCGCCGGCGCCUGCGCUGUCUGCUGCAUGUGCGGCGACCGCGGCCUGCCGCACGAGCUGCUCCGCUGCAAGCUCUGCCGCGUCCGCCUGCAGCACAGAUACUGCAGCGAUCUGUACCCGAGGGCCACGGCGUACAGGAGGUGCAACUGGUGCCUGAGGGAGCCCGCAGAAGCCCACGCCCAAGCGCACGCUCAAGCUCAACCGGUGGCUAGCAAGAAGGCGGAGAAACGGAAGAUGGUGCAAUCAACGGAGACGUCCACCUCCGACGAGGAGGCGCGGCGGCAGCACGAGGCCGGAUGCGCCACUGCUACGAGGUCCAGGAGAUCGGCCGCGGAGGUUGGUCAGCCGGUCAAGAAGCCCAAGGUCGACGAGAGGCCACCGCUGCCCCCGUCGCCGGGCACGGCGGCGAAGCGGAACAGCGGCGACAAGAAGCCUAAGGUCGACGAGUGGCCAGCGCUGCCCCCGUCGCCCGGCACGGCGGCGAAGGGGAACAGCGGUGACAAGAAGCCCAAGGUCGACGACAGGCAAGCGCUGCUGCCUCCGUCGCCGGGCACGGCGGCGAAGGGGAACAGCGGUGACAAGAAGCCCAAAGUCGACGACAGGCAAGCGCUGCUGCCUCCGUCGCCGGGCACGGCGGCGAAGGGGAACAGCGGUGACAAGAAGCCCAAAGUCGACGAGAGGCCACCGCUGCCUCCGUCGCCGGGCACGAAGGCGAAGGGGAACAGCGGCGACAAGAAACCUAAGGUCGACGAGUGGCCGGCGCUGCCCCCGUCGCCGGGCACGGCGGCGAAGGGAAACAGCGGCGACAAGAAGCCGAUGCAGGCGGGGAAGCUGGCGCGGCAGGGUAGGGUCAAGGUGAGGCGGUACAAGCUCCUGGCAGAGGUGAUUAGCUGCUAGCUAGGAUCACGGAAUCAAAAGGGGAAGUAGCUAGCCACCUUCGACAUUUGGUGUCGAUGUAUGUAAAUACCGUUUACCCGUCGUGUACGGGUUUUCUCUCUCUUUUUUGGGAGAGAGUCGACUACCAUACUAGUGCUGUACACAUCUUAAGCCGUCAGUUUUAUACACCAGUUGACGUGCA